CGGGGGGGAGCCGCCGGGAGCGUGUGUGCGAGUGAGAGGGAGGAGGGAGGGAGAGGCGGAGGGGAGGGGGGGGGGGAGCUGGGGACGACUCUCACAUGGCGGGGAAGCCGGGACGCUCCGAGGGGAGGAGAGAGGUUGGGGCUAUCGCCUCCCUCCUCGCGAGGGGAUGGGGGUGGCCCCUGGACCAGCUUCUCCCCUCUGCCGUGUCCUCGCCCGCCCCGUGGACCCCCCUCAGGGCGCCCGUCGAGGCGUCGUCCUGCCCUGUCCUGCCUUGGCCGCCCUGCCGGGCCCCGGCCCGUCCCCUCGCGUUCGGGGUGUGAGGGAGCGGGGCCGCGCCGCGACCUCCCCGCCCGCUCCCAGCUCUCGACGGGGCGGCUGCGGCUCCAGGGGGGCAGAGCGCUGCUUCCCCCCGGCUCCCCUUCCUCCUCCUUCUCCUCCUCCUCUCUACCCCCCGGCUCGGCCGUGGAACACGGGUGAGGACGGAGGGCGAGGGGCUGCGAAAAGCUUCAGUUGCCUGCCCUCCCUGGGAGCUGGAUACCUGGCUCCAUCUCUCCUCUCUCUUCCCUCCAGUGGCCCUAGGGCUGGCAAGGGCAGCUCCGCGCUCUCUCCUGCCACCGUGCGUGCGUGUUUGCAAGCGACUGGCUCUCCUCCUGGCUCCUGCUGCUUCUGCUGCUUCCAGACCCAACUUUCUCGCCCUCUCGCACUUAUGUCGGGAGAGGGACGGAGCUCUGCUGAAGUGUCCUGUCCCCUCCGGCUGGUCUGUGCAUUCCCGGCACAGGAGGACUUGGGCUGCUGGGGUUUUCCCUUCCUCUUGGUUGCUGACUGCAUAAGUGCAGUGGAAAAAAACCUUCCUCCCUCGAGUGGGAGGCCCCCCAAAUUGAAAAUGAACGUGAAUUUGAAAAGAUGUGAAAAUGAGGGUUGGAUUAUCGCUUGCAGUGUCUUUGCAUUCAGUCUGAUGGAGCCAAACCUUUUUUCGGUGACUGAAGAUGCAUCUCAGUGUAACAAGGACACAGCUCAAAUAAAUGAACUUGAAACAUAA